UUUUUUUCCCGUGAGGCUUGUUUUUCUAAAUUUGCUGUCGACCGAUACUGACGUGCCAGUGGCCGUACCACAUACUGGGUUGAACAGAUAUGGCUGGUUGUGCGAGACGCAGUUCACCGCCAGCUCGCAAACGCAGGCGACUCUUCGAGGACGCAACCCCGCUCCGGCUUGACGGGUCGGAAUUCUUCCGCGGGCUGCAAGAUGCCCGUCACAACUUCUGCGAUGUGUCGGUGCGGGGCGCGGAUGAUCCAACCCAAUCUGAAUCUCAGUGGAUUCCCUGCCAUCGCAUCGUGCUAAUGGCACACAGCCUCUGGUUCCGACGCAUGCUGCUCGCGCCCAUGAAGGAGGCCAAACAGGACACCAUCCAACUGCACAACGUUCCCCACGAUAUCCUGCAACAAUUGGUCGAUUACAUGUACUCUUGCGAGAUCUCCGUGGACGCCAGCAAUGCGCUCCUUUUGCUCCAAGCAGCGGACAUGCUGGAACUGGGACAGAUCGUGGAAACGUGCCAGACAUUUUUACGGGAGCACAUCGACGUAACCAACUGCCUGACGAUCUACCGUGGGGCGCAGCAACUCUCCUGCGCCGAUCUAACGAAGGAGUGCCACGACUUCUUGCUGGAGCACUUUCCUAGCUUCUGCCACUCGAUGGAGUUUCUCGAACUGGACGCUGUCGAAAUUAGUAAGCUGAUCGCCUCGGACGAGCUGAACGUGGAGAAGGAAGAGCAGGUGGUCGCGGCGGUUGUGCGGUGGCUGGAUCAUUCCUUCGAAGAGCGCCAAUCGCAUGCAGCUGAGCUGGCGGGACUCAUUCGUUUAGAUCUGCUGGCAGCGAAUCAUGCUUCCCUUCCUGACACGCCCGCUGGGAAUCAUUUUCAGCAGGCUAUCCUGUCCAUCUCCGCACCCCACAGCACAUCCACACUACGCAGCUCCUAUGGAAGAGAGCCGGUAAUUAUUUCCCUUCGCUGUUCGACGCAAGGAUUCGGAAACCGUAGGCGUCUUGUUGCUGUGUUGCACUGCUUGGCUCCGUUAACCUCCAACAACUGGAGCCUUCCGUGUGAGCCUCCCCAGAGCCGAUGGCAUGGUUUCCCGGUGUAUGUAGUGAAAAAUGGGCGCCUUCUCGUCUACGUUCUGACGGAGGCGGGUAGCGACGAGUGCCGGCACCUUCACGUGUACGAUGCCACCGCGAACCAGUGGACGGACCUAGCGGUGCUUCCGGUUCGCGAUCACAUGAAACAUAUAGCGUCGCCGGUCGUCGUCAGGGACCAGGUGUACGUCGUGACUGCCGACCGGGUGUACGCGUACGAAGAGGGCUUCAGCAGAUGAUCCCCAGAGCGCACAGACCUCGGGUGGCUUGGAGCAGCACGCUAGUGCCGUGCGGGAGCCGGCUCUUCGUGUUUGGGGGCUGCGCUAAUUAUCCGUGCCGAGGCGGUGAAGGAGACCUACAAACGCCGGGCUGAGAGUCGCGUUCGUCUAUGAUCCGGCACGCGACCAAUGGGAGAAACUAGCGCCGAUGCCGACAGCACGCGCGGAUGCUGCAGCAUGCGUGGGCCCCGAUGGACUCAUCUAUGUGGCAGGCGGUUCCCCCGAUAACGUGAACCCAAAGUUGACCUGUGUGGAAGCGUACAACCUGCGAACGAACCAGUGGAAGCUGAAACGAGACAUGAAUAUUGCCAAAGAAGUGCACAUCGGCCUGGUGCCGGUAAAGACCGUCUGUACGCUAUUGGUGAUCCGGCGAUGGAGACCUACGAUCCGCCACCGACACCUGGUCGUUGUGCGAAGCGGCGCUGCAGUCGUUUUCCUGGUCCGCCUGCAGCGUGGUGCCGCGGCGUUUUGUGUGGAUGAGGAUGCCGAGGGCGGAAUCGCCGGAUACGGACGGCUCUGGCCACUGAAGACUCUUCGCCACUUUGUGUCCAUUCCUCUUUUUGGGUACGCGACCGUUCGUCGCGGGACAUUUCGCUUUACGGACAUUUCGUCUAAGGACAACUCGUUUUUGUGGCCAACAGCCAUAUGACUGUUCGUUACCAUAAAUCAAUUUAUAAUUUUUCACUCCCCAAAAGUCGCGCGACCUAAUGUCGCAAACUAAUCACUACAAAACGGUUGCAAAACAGGUUGUCCCAAAACAGAUUACCCGCCGCGACGAAAAACGUGUGGCGAAAUGUCCACGGCAGAAAUGUCCCGCGACCACCUGGGCUGUCACGCUCUUUUGUAGCAUCUUGGGUAAAUUUUUUUUAUAUCUUGUCAGAGCGGGCUUAUACUUGUAGCUCAUGACUGUGCCCUCCUGCUGUUCGCUCUUUUCUGAGUAUU